AUGGCCAAGGAUGUUAAAGCAUACCAGCUGGAAAUCACGGGCGUCCUGCUGGAUGACAUCAUCAAGGGUGGUGCGACGCCGAACGUGAAGGAGCAUCUCGUGCAGUUGCGCGUCAAAUCGCUGCGCGACACGGAAGACCUGCUGGCGCACGUCGGGAUCGCCGAGGCGAAGCAGUUCAUCGAGGAUAACCCACACCCGCGGCUGUGGAGACUGCUGGCGGAGGCAUCGCUGAAGAAGCUGGACCUCGAGACGGCCGAAGCGGCGUUCGUGCGAUGCAGCAACUAUCCGGGCAUUCAGCUGAUCAAGCGCCUCAGGACAAUCCAGCUGGAAGCGCUGCAGCGGGCCGAGAUCGGCGCGUUCUUCGGCGAGUUCGAUGAGGCGGAAAAGCUGUACAUGGACGUGGAUCGACGGGAUUGCGCGGUUCGGUUGCGCCAGACGCUGUGCGAUUGGUUUCGCACGGUGCAGCUGUAUCGGCUCGGGCCGGGCACGUCCGACCAGCAGAUGGAGAACGCGUGGCGCGAGAUCGGCCACCACUACAUGAACAUGCGCGCCUGGGACAGCGCCAAGGAGUACUACGAGAAGGCGCACCACAUCGAGGGCCUGAUGGACGCGCUGUACGGUUUGGAGCAGUACGACGAGCUGGUCGGCUGCAUGCACAAGCUCCCCGAGAAGAGCCCGCAGCUGGCGAAGCUGGGCCAGAUGCUGGCCACGGUGGGGAUGUGCGAGCAGGCGGUCGCCGCCUCCCUCAAGCUGGGCGACGUCAAGUCGGCCGUCUCCAGCUGCAUCGGCCUGCGGCAGUGGGGACUGGCGGUGGAGCUGGCGCAAAAGUACAAGAUGCCCCAGAUCAACACGCUGCUGAGCAAGCACGCGGCCCAGCUGCUGCAGGAGGGCAAGCUGCCGGAAGCGAUCGAGCUGCAGCGCAAGGCGGGCCGCUACCUGGACUCCGCCCGGCUGCUGCUGAAGAUGGCCGAGGCGGAGGUGGAGAAGAAGUCCGACUACGUGCGCAUCAAGCAGCUGUACGUGCUGUCGGGGCUGCUCGCGGAGGAGUACAUCGAAAAGCAGAUGGCGCUGCAGGCGGGCGGCCCAAGCCGAGCGGCGGUCCUGGCCCAGCUCAAUCCGGACGAUGCGGUGCUGAUCGAGCAGAUAUGGCACCACGCGGAGGCGUACCACUAUAUGCUGCUGGCACAGCGACAACUGCGCUCCGGGUUGCUGCAUAGCGCCGUCAUUAGCGCGCUCCGGCUGCGCGAGUACGAGGACGUGCUGGACGUGGAGGUGCUGUUCGCCCUGGCCUGCUGUGCCGAUCGCUCGUUCGGCACCUGCUCGAAGGCGUUCAUCAAGCUGGAGGCGAUCGAGACGAUCUCCGAGGGUCGUCGGCUGCAGUACGAGGAGCUGGCCAUCAGCAUCUUCUCGCGCUACGACCCGAAGGACAACAAGGUGAAGCACGUCAGCUGUUACACCUGCGAGACGCCGGUGGCCGACUGCAGCACGCUCUGUCCCAGCUGCGGCAAUCGCUUUCCGCCGUGCAUCGCGUCCGGACAGCCGCUGACCAAUCCGACCGGCGCCUGGCAGUGUUCCGGUUGCUACCACGUCGCGCACCCGCUGGAAAUGACGUCACGCAAGACGUGCCCCCUCUGCCAUCGGUUGAUCGCGCCGGCGAAGGGAGCGGUAGAGAUUUAA